AUGACCGACCAUCUACCGCGUCCUCCUCGGCCUGAUCCCAAUCUGCUCCUCCUCAUCUUACGAGCUCGAUCAUCUCGUGUAACCUUUAUGGACAUCUCUUGCUACGCAGCCAGUCCGGAGGAUAUCGAUGCCCCUGUAACCAAAGAUACCUGCCACAAGACGGCAAAGACCAUCACUGGGGGCCACGUCCCUCCCACCCCUGUCCAGGGACAAACCAGCUAUACUGUAGCAGCUGAUGCUGUUCCCGGGAUAGUCGUUCAGUUCCGCCAGUCGGCUCUGGAUCUUGAGCUCAUCAACCUCGCGCGGCAAACCUAUGGCAGAUUUGUUCCUGUUUGCGAACAGCGUGCAUGGAUAAACAGGCCACUCUUACGACACACGCCGCAAGAUACCCAAGAGUUGUUCGAUCGUUACGAAUCAAUCCUGAACCGACUUUCGCAGAGCUUGCCCAAGCGGUUUCAACAGAAGCUGUGCGAGGUACGCCAGUCACUCCCGCUGCUCUUCCGUCUCGAUUAUGUCAUGACAGUCAACCAUGAUGAUCUGCUGGAGAUGAACAUCCACGUGGACGAGGAAACGGGCCGCAUCACCGGCAUCGUUGACUGA